CUAUCAUGCUCUUUAUAUGGGAGAAGAAAGCAGAGGAUCGAUUGCAUAUGAUUCUUUUUCAAAUUACAGAGGAAUUAGAAUAACAUGUCAAUGAGGAACAGAGUAUCAGGGAUACUCCAACUAUUGGUUGCCUGUACACUGGCAAUAGCCAUACAUGGAGAAAAUGAUGAUUUUUCUUCCAUAAGAAGAGAGGACUUUCCGCAGGAUUUCUUGUUUGGAACUGCUUCUUCUGCAUACCAGUAUGAAGGAGCAGUUGCAGAGGGUGGGCGUCUACCAAGCAUUUGGGAUACAUAUACCCAUAAACCAGGGAAUACUUACGAUGGUAGUAAUGGAGAUGUUGCAAUGGAUCAGUAUCACCGUUACAUGGAGGAUGUACAACUCAUGGCAGAUAUAGGAAUGAAUGCUUACCGCUUCUCCAUCUCUUGGUCUAGGCUUAUUCCAAAUGGAAGUGGUGAAGUUAAUAGAGAGGGAGUGGAUUACUACAACAAACUGAUUGAUGAGCUUCUUAAUCAUGGGAUUGAGCCCCUGGUGACAAUUUACCAUUUUGAUCUGCCCCAAGCUCUUCAGGACUCUUAUGAUGGAUGGUCGGACUCAAAAAUAGUGGAGGAUUUUGCAGCAUACUCAAAAGUUUGCUUCAGAGAGUUUGGAGACAGAGUGAAGUAUUGGAUGACAUUCAAUGAACCCAAUAUCUUUGUUCCUUUGGGAUACAGCGCUGCCAUAUUUCCACCUCAAAAGCAUUCCAAGAGGGAAGCAUACCUUGCCAGCCGAAAUGUUCUUCUUGCACAUGCAGCUUCAGUGGAAAUCUACAGAACAAAGUAUAAGGCUGAGCAGAAGGGCAUGAUUGGCAUUGACAUCCUUGCUACCUUUUUUGAGCCUUUGAGGAAUACCACUGAAGACCAAAAAGCUGCACAAAGAUUGCUUGAUUAUCACAUAGGAUGGUUUUUGGAUCCUCUGUUUCAUGGAGACUUUCCUGCUCACAUAAAAGAAACAUUGGGCUCUGAGAUCCUAUCUUUCUCUAAGGAAGAGUCCUUGAAAUUGAAAGGAUCUUUAGAUUUUCUGGCUAUUAACCACUAUUCCACCAUGUAUGUUGCCAAUCCUCCUUGCCCACCAGAUUGCUUGGACAAACGCUUCUAUGUGGGUAUGGACGUCUGUCUGUCAGAUAGACGUGAUGGCGUUCCUAUUGGACCAGAGGCUGCUAUGAAGCUGUUUUUUGUGGUGCCAUAUGGAAUACAAAAAAUACUUGACUACAUCAGAAUAACUUACAACAAUCCACCAGUUAUUGUAGCGGAAAAUGGAUUUUCUGAACCCACAAACGAUUCUCUGCCUAUCAGUGAAGUAUGCAGAGACAAACAACGUCUUGAUUAUCAUCGAGAUUACAUGAAAUAUUUGCUAAAGGGCAUUAGGAACGGAGCUGAUGUGAGAGGUUACAUGGUGUGGUCUCUGCUGGAUGACUUUGAAUUCAAUUAUGGGUACACUAUCAGAUUUGGCUUAUAUUAUGUGGACUAUGGUGACAAUUUGAAAAGAUAUCCAAAGAUGUCUGCUCUCUGGUUUAAAAAUUUGCUGAGGAGCAAUCCAAUUUUGUCUGCUCGCUGGUUGAAGGAUUCCCAAAGAAACAAUGGCCAAAGCUUAAGUAGCAUUUAAUUGGGUGAAGAUUUUGAGAUGAAUUGCUUUGUUGGGCCUGCAGAUGUGCAUAUGAGCUAUUUUUACAGUGGGCCAUCAUGAUUAUUUUUAAAUGCACACUAUGUGCAUUCUUAUAUGAUGAAUUUUUAAUAGGUCUCAUGCAUUUUUUUUUUAUUUGUAACUGUGCAUAACUGGUAUCGAUUCACCAGUUGAGGAUUCUGAUGGAUCAGGAAAAAAAAAUUAUUAAUCGAUGAAAAGGAAAAUUUUUAAUAUGAUUUUUUGAAU